GAAGCUGCUGCGGGGGCGAUGGCCGCACCGAGCCCGGGGCCCCGCGAGGUCCUGGCUCUUUCCCCGGAGGCUGGAUGCAGAGCUUCCACCUCAAGCUCUGGCCGCCGUGGCCUCCUCUGGCGUCUACGAGAAAGGCAGUCUCGCCUGGGCCUGUUUGAGGUGGGCCCAGAGCAUGAGCUGCACCCACUGACGUGUAUGAUGCAGGCAGGGCUGUGGGCUGCCAUUCAAGUGUCCAUGGACCAUCCGCCCACGGGCCUGCCCACGGAGGAGGAUUUCGCAGAGGUCCUGACCCAGGUUCACGAGGGCUUCGAGCUGGGCACCCUGGCUGGCCCUGCCUUCGCGCGACUGCGGCGCUCCCUAGGGCUGGCAGAGGAGGACUAUCAGGCCUCGCUGGGACCCGGAGGCCCCUACCUGCAGUUCCUCAGCACCUCCAAGAGCAAGGCCAGCUUCUUCCUGUCCCACGAUCAGCGCUUCUUCUUAAAGACCCAGAGGCGCCGGGAGGUGCGGGCGCUGCUCACCCACCUGCCCCGCUACGUGCAGCACCUGCAGCGGCACCCACACUCACUGCUGGCGCGGUUGCUGGGAGUGCACAGCCUGCGGGUGGCCCGGGGAAAGAAGAAAUACUUCAUCAUCAUGCAGAACGUCUUCUACCCCACCGGCCGCAUCUCCGAGAGGUAUGACAUCAAAGGCUGCGAGGUGAGCCGCUGGGUGGAGCCUGUCCCUGAGGGCAGCCCCCUUGUCCUGGUGCUGAAAGACCUCAACUUUCAGGACAAAACCAUCAACCUGGGGCCCCAGCGGAGCUGGCUCCUCCGCCAGAUGGAACUGGACACCGCCUUCCUCCGGGAGCUCAACGUGCUGGAUUACAGCCUUCUGAUGGCCUUCCAGCACCUCCACGAGGAUGAGAAGGGCCUGGGCAGUAGCCUCAUCUUCCGCACAGCCAGGUCUAUGCAAGGGGUACAGAGCCCCGAGGAGGUGGAAGCCCAGAACCGCCGGCUGCUGCCCGACGCACCCAACGCCCUACACAUCCUGGACGGGCCGGAGCAGCGCUACUUCUUGGGGCUUGUGGAUCUCGCCACGGUCUACGGGCUUCGCAAGCGGCUGGAGCACCUAUGGAAGACGCUGUGCUAUCCGGGCCGGACCUUCUCCACCGUCAGCCCGGCUCGCUACGCCCGUCGCCUCUGCCAGUGGGUAGAGGCGCACACCGAGUGACCAGCGUCCGACCACGCUCUUCCCACCUGGACAAUGGGCGCACGCCAGGCACGCGAGUUCCAGCCUGGCCUGGGCAGAGGGUCAGGCUCCCCUUGCCUGCUGUUCCUCCCGUUGGCCUCCUGAGGGCAGCAUCCCCCUAGUUAAUAUGAUGAACUCCUUUUGAUGGCGAUGCUGUGCCUGGCAUCGUGCCAAGGACUCCCCUAUGUUAGCUCAUUUAAUCUUCGGGAAAAAAAAGUUAAUAUUCAUUUUUUUUUACAGCUAUGAAAUGAAGGCUUAAGGGGUGAAGGGACUGAGUAAGAUCAUUCAGCAAUAAAUGCUGCAACCAGCCGCCCAGUU